AACCAGACUGCCCCAAUAAAAAUGUUAUAAUUGACAGGACAUAGUGGGUUUUCACAACACAAAUGAUUAAACCCCUUUGUGAUACGUUGUUAAAUAAUAAGCCUUAUGUUAAAAGUUGAGUCUUUUGCUAAAAACUUUGGCUAGCCGAUGCGUGCGCACUACAUAGCCCGUGAUGCAUUGCGCGUGAUUUACGUUCCAUUUUGCGACUUGUUCAAGCGAUUUACAACACGACGUACGAGGUUUACGUUUGCGUCGCGACAAAACAUCUCAGGACUCAGGUGUCUUUUUAAGUGCGGCGGCAUGUUCAACAAAAAGCCCCGGAGAAACUUUCGCCAGAGAAAAGCGGACUCCAGCGACGAGGAAGGGCAGCGGCAGAGGAGCGGGGACGGGGAAGAGGACGGGGACGGAGCGUCCGCCGUAAAUAAGCCGCUCAAGGCGGCUCAGGGCCGCGGCAUCUCCUGCAGCUCCAAGCGGGAGGCGACGCCGCCCAAAGCGGACAGUAGUGACGGGGAGGACUGGGAAGCGUUGACAGGCGAAAGGCACGAGAAGAGGAACAACAAAGAUGAGGGGAGUAAGAAAACCAACGUCCUCAGUUUCUCUGAUGAGAAAGAAGCUGCAGAACCAACCUUUAAGCUGAAGAAGUCUUCUGACAAAGCUGUGGUGUUUCAAGUUAGAAAGAAAGAAGCUUCGCCUGUAAAGGCCACCCGCAAUGCAGCUUCUCACUCUCCUAGACAGGAUUAUGACAGUUCACCUUCACCAUAUGCCUUGCAACAUGACGACAGUAGUGAUGGUGGCAGCGAUGAUGACAAAAGUGUGCAAAGUGGUUCAGGAUCCUCAGUCAGCUCCUCCUCAGGCUCCAGGCUCUCUGCUGCAGACCCUGUAAUUAUCCCUAAGGCUGCAGAAAUUAAGGCAGCCAGGAGACAGCGUCGUGCUAAUAGAGGACAGAAACAGUUCAUUCCCCUAAGUAGAGAUGGCCACAGCUCCGCUGCUAGUACCCCAGACCGCUACAACAGGGAAGAGGAAGAUGAUGACAAUGAUGAUGAUGAUGAUGAUGAUGACGACCUUGAUGAUCAUGAAAGAAUUAUAGAGUUUGCCCCGAGACAAAAGAGCAUCAGAGAGAGGAUUGCACAGAAACUUGGAAGUGAAGGCAGCCUCUCAGGGACUGAUGGCGAAGAGCAGGAACUUUGGGAGGAGACACAAAUUGGCAAAGGUGUCAAGAGACGACCUGGUGAACAGAGCCCAUCGGGCAGUGAAUCCAGCAGCUGUAUGAGCAGGUGGGACAGAGAAAGACAGAAGAAGAGAUCAGCAGGGGCCAAAAUCCCAAAGAUUCCUCCUGCCAUCAGUGUUUCAGUUGUCAAGAAGAGAAUUACUGGAAAGUUAGACUCCCUGAUGGAAGUGCACAGAGCUCGGCAGGCAGAGCUGAGGAGAAUGGCGGGUGACAUUGAGAAUGCAAGAUCCUCGGUGGAGAUUCUAGAGGAAAGCUCCUCAGAGAUGCAGCUGAGGUUUUACCGGGAAAUGACCGUCUAUGUUCACAACCUGGUGGAGUGUCUGCGGGAGAAGGUUGUCGAGAUCAACGAGUUGGAGCUUGAGCUUCACACUCUGCUCUCUGACCAGAUGGAGGCACUGUUGGCUCAGCGACAACAGAGAACAAAAGAGCAGGCCGACCGCCUGCAGCAGCUCAGCUAUGGCACAGAUCAGCAGAGUGAACACUCAGCCAAGGGAACAGAAACACAAGGUAAAGCAAGUGAAGCUAAGGAAGACACACAGGAUAUCCCUGAAGACACACAACCUUCCGAAGAACAGGAAGAGCAGCUGCAGAGAAUGAUGGCUGAUAUCCUGUCGAGGUCCCAGGAAGUCUUUUCUGACGUCCAGGAUGAUUUCUGUGAUGUUAAAAAGAUUCUGUCCCGCUUUGAAGAAUGGAGAGCUUCUUACUCUGACUCCUACCACAGUGCCUACAUCUCACUAUGUCUACCCAAGUUGUUGAAUCCCAUUAUAAGACAUCAAUUACUAGCAUGGAACCCAUUAAAGGAUGCUAGUGGAGACUUUGAGAAUCUCCCAUGGUUCACAGCACUCGAGACCUUUUGCCAUGGACACGGCCACGAGGAGCUGGACCACACAGACAGACAGACGCUGUCUAACGUCAUAGAAAAGACUGUCCUUCCCAAAAUAACAGUCUUUGUGGAGCUGGUGUGGGAUCCCAUGUCCCACCAUCAGUCCGUCUGUCUGUCUGAGGUUUGCCACAGACUCAAGGACGACUAUUCCAUCUUUGAAGGCGAACAGAGUAAACCAGUGAAGACAUUCAUGGAGGCUGUGGUCAGACGAUUGAGGAGCUGUGUAGAUGAAGAUGUCUUUGUCCCGCUGUAUCCCAAAAAGUUUCUUGAAGACAGAUCAUCUCCUCAGUGUCAAUUCAGGGAGCAGCAGUUUUGGAUGGCCAUAAAACUACUAGUAAACAUGGGGAAAUGGGAUUUGCUGCUUCCUGAGUCUGUAUUGAAAGAACUGAUGUUGGACAAACUGCUGAACCGAUACCUCAUGAUCACACUGUGCAGUCAGGAUCAAUCCCACAGUACUGGUCAUGCAUGCAAAAAGAUAGCAGAAAGCCUACCUCUGUCAUGGUUCAGCAGCGAUUUGCCUCAGAUCCAGAAUUUUAGAAACUAUUUGGUUGAGAAAAUUCAUAGGAUGUGCAAACAGCAGUCUCCUAAAGAUCCAAAGACUAGGUCUGCUGUAGUGGAAGUGCUUCAAGUUCUGAGUAGGCUCCGGUGCCAUGACUCCAUCAUGGCUAUAGCAGAGAAUUAUCACUAUGAAGAUGUCAUCUACUCCCAUCAACUACUGAACCAAGAGCCAGCAUGAACAACAGCGCUGAGCACUGGAAAAUAGAUCAAACAGAUGAGUCAUUAUGACAGCAGCUGGAAACGAGUAUUUUUCCUCUCUGGAGGGAAUUAUUGUACUGCUGCAGAAAACAAUGUUCUGGAUGACAUCAUAGUGCAACUAGCAAUAAUUCUGAAUGAAAACAAUGUAAUUGUAUAAUAAAAUGUAAAAUGGGAGAGAGUUUAAUACAACUUAUCUGAAGAAAUUCCCCUCCACAUUAUUUUUCAUGAAUAUUUUUAUGAACAAAUGUUUGGAUUUUCCUAAUAUGUAAUGUUUUCUGUUGUCAUGUUUAAGCUUUUACAAUGUCAAAUGCUAUUUGACCAAAUUUAUUAAAAUGAAAAUAUAAA